AUGAGGAGCCGGAAGCUGGCAGGUGGAGUGCGGUCCUCUGCGCGCCUCCGAGCCCGGAGCUGCUCAGCUGCGUCAGCCUCAGCCCAGGACACCCACGUUGCCACGUCUGCCCGGACAGCAUGUCAGACUCCCUCAUCACACAAAGCCACCGACAGGCGGACGUCCAAGAAGUUCAAGUAUGACAAAGGUCACCUUGUGAAGUCAGAACUCCAAAAACACGGGAGUGACAGCGCUGCCACGCCCUCCGAGAGCCCGGGUACACACGAAUCUUUGGCAUCGACCGAGGAUGGGGCAUCACUUCUGGGAAAGGAAGCUGGCGGCUCCGCUCCUCGGGGGACAGCUGGUCCCCUCCCGGGACGCUGCGGAACCGAGAGCAAUGCCAGCCCGGCAGAGACUGAGGACAAGCCACCCCCACCGCGACAUGGAGCCCCUGUGGGAGGAGAGUCCAAUGGUGGCUGCCCCGCUAGGGACGGGGCGGCGCUGGACCUGGAGCAGGGCCCCGCGGCCCCACUGCUCAUGGACGGCAGCGCCCUACUGGACGACGACAGCAACCAGCCAAUGCCUGUGAGCCGCUUCUUUGGAAACGUGGAGCUCAUGCAGGACCUCCCACCAGUGUCUUCAUCCUGCCCUUCCAUGAGCAGACGCGAAUUUCGGAAAAUGCAUUUCAGAGCCAAAGACGACGAUGAGGAUGACGCCGAUGAUGCGGAAACGUAG